CAUUUCACUGUGACUUGUCCCAUGAACAUCAAAGAGCCUUCGCUGUUGUCUUAGUCGGCGUAAUCAUCUGAGGUUUUAAAUAUUUCUUUAAUGCUUGUCCAUUUCAUACACAACUUCGUCAAGGAAUUGACUUCUUUGUGGGUUUUUCUGGGUCUUCUGAUCUCUCUUCUGAUCUAAUUUUUCUCUUCAUCUUUUAGACCCAGAAAACCCCACAUAUGAUCUUUUUGGUCAAGUGGGUGAUCUGAUCAUUUUCUUGACUUCUUGAUUUUUCGUAACCCAUUUCUGCAAAAAGGGACAAGUUUGGUUUUUUGAAAAACAUUUCUCUGUUCUUCCUAAGAUUUUCCCCUAGUUCAAUACUUUGAAGUUUGAAUCACAUCUGUCUUGCGAUUCUGUGAGUGAUAUAUUGAGAUAUAUCACCAUGGGAACCAACAGCGAGGAGCAGAUUGCUUCACAUGGAGGGUCUGAGGUUACAUAUCAUGGCAUGGUAGAAACUGAAAUUAAAGAGACGACGAUUCCAAAUCAUCCUGUGCAAAAAUUGAUUGCAGAAAAUUCUUCCAAAUCUAACAGUAUGGUCGUGAAGAAACCACAUAAGGUGAUUCCCGCUCACAUCAUAGCAGAAGCCAUAUCAACUAUUCGUGAUAUUGACCUUAGAUGGUCAGGUCCUAUAACCCAGAAAGAAAUAGAAUAUGUUGAAGAAUAUGUUCUGGCAAAAUACCCAGAAUAUUCAGGACUCAUUGAAGGUGAUGGGAUUGACCUCUCUAACCUCAUCAUCAACGAGGAGCCUUCUUCAGAACCCAUGUCAGAUGAUCGAAGAAAAUCACCAAGAGGAGGUUUCAGAGAAUCUUCCACACAAUUUUUUGGCAGCAACCUUCGUGAAUUGGACAGAACCCACUUAGAGCCUUCAAGAUUACUCGAUAUUCUCUCCAAGAAAUCCUCAUUUCCUGGAAGCUUCAUCUCCAUCCCAGAAAUCCAAGCUCACAACAAGGUCUUGAAGCAUUGUGGGUUGCCUGAUGAUGAAUAUCUUGUACUCUUCACUCCCAGCUACAAGGAUGCCAUGAUGUUGGUAGGUGAAAGCUACCCUUUUGUCAAAGGAAGCUAUUACAUGACCAUUCUUGAGGUAGAAGAGGAUUACAUCAGAGAGUUCGCUUCUUUUAAGGAAUCCAAGGUGAUCCCAGCACCAAAGACAUGGUUGGAUCUGAGGAUCAGUGGGUCCCAACUAAGCCAGAAUUUCAGAAGGAAGUGUAAGAUCAGUCCAAAGGGGUUAUUCUCUUACCCAGCAGAUGUGAAUGGGACAAUGCAUUGGGUUUCAGAAGCUCACAGGAACUCAUGGCACGUUCUGCUUGAUGCUUCUGCAUUAGUGGUGGGCAAAGAUAGGCUUCAUCUUGCUCUUCACAGGCCUGACUUUGUGGUGUGUAGCCUUGAAAAUACUCAUUCUAAUCCUUCUAGAAUCACAUGUCUCUUGGUCAGGAAGAAGUCAUUUGACACAUCUCUUGCUUCGUCUCAGGACCUGUAAUGUUUUCUUUGGGACAUUUGUAAAACGUUAAAUGUCUUAAUUAUAUGAUUUGGCUUCAGUGGACU